AACGACCACUUUCACUAUCAUAAGAAGAUAACAAUGAGAGAGGAAUCUACCCCCAAAUGGGAAGGUAAAGCCAUGGCUGAGCUACCCGCCACCGGUCCACAACUUACAUGGGAGGUUCUGGAAGAUUUCUGCAACGUACACAAGUGGCUUCCCAUAGAAACAUCUUACCAUGUAGAGGGAGUUUCAGGUCAACCUGGUCUCGUCCGCUACUGUGCUCUCACUGUUGAAGAAGAAGGGGUUGGUGAUGAUGCUGAGAAGACAACAACCAUGAAAUGGGCCAAAGAUAAGCUGCUUGAGAUAGAUCCUAUACAACGUUGUCUGACCUACGAAAUUGGUGAAAACAACUUGGGCUUUAAGUCCUAUGUGGCCACAAUCAAGGUGUUCCCCAUGAACCAGGAUGGAUCCAAGAUCGAGUGGAGCUUCGUCUGUGAUCCUGUCCAAGGCUGGAGUUCCAUGAUUUGAACUCGCUUAUUGAGUCUUAUCUGGAGUUCAUUGUCAAGAAGAUUGAGCUUGCAUGUAACACGAACUAGUAGAUUCAAAUUAUGAUCUUUUUCU